AUGCUUCCAAUUCCUACUUUGGCCCGGGUCGCUAGCAGGAGCUUGAAAGUGGCUAAUGCAUCGAGGUUGUUCUCCAGCAUGUCUCCAUUGAGAGCAGGAGCCUCCGAAGAGCCUGUUAAACCUUUCACAAAUGCUUUGGGUAAGUCUGCUCAACGAGUCACUCCCGAAGGUAAUAUCUUUGAAAAGACAACGUUCACAGAAGCCAUGGACGAAGUUGAUAUGACUUGGGGAAGAGACGAUGAUCCUUUGAAAGUUGAGAAACAAAAUACCAAAAUCAGACAUUUCACCAUCAACUUCGGUCCUCAACACCCAGCCGCUCACGGUGUGUUGAGAUUGAUUUUGGAGUUGCACGGUGAAGAAAUCGUGAGAGCUGACCCUCAUGUCGGUUUGCUUCACAGAGGUACAGAGAAGUUGAUAGAGUCUAAGACGUACAUGCAAGCUUUGCCAUAUUUUGAUCGUUUGGACUAUGUGUCGAUGAUGACCAACGAGUUGGUGUUCUCUUUAGCGGUGGAAAAGUUGUUGAAUGUCGAAGUACCUUUGAGAGCCAAGUAUAUUCGUACCUUAUUUGGUGAAAUUACUAGAAUCUUGAAUCACUGUAUGUCUGUGUUAUCGCAUAUUAUGGAUGUCGGUGGUUUGACUCCCUUCUUGUGGGGCUUUGAAGAAAGAGAAAAGUUGAUGGAAUUCUAUGAAAGAGUGUCCGGUGCCAGAUUGCAUGCUGCCUACGUGAGACCCGGUGGUGUUUCUCAGGACUUGCCAGCUGGUUUGUUGGAUGACAUCCACAUGUGGGCAACUCAGUUCGGUGACAGAGUUGAUGAAGUGGAGGAGUUAGUCACCGAUAACCGUAUUUGGCACGCCAGAACCAAGGACGUUGGUGUUGUCACUGCCGAGGAUGCCUUGAACUAUUCCUGCUCUGGUCCUAUGCUUAGAGGUUCCGGUAUUCCAUUUGACGUGAGAAAGUCUCAGCCAUACGACGCAUACGAUUUGGUCGACUUCGACGUGCCUGUCGGUAUGAAUGGUGAUUGUUUCGAUCGUUACUUGAUCAGAAUGGCUGAAUUCAGACAAAGUUUGAGAAUCAUUGAGCAGUGCUGCAACGACAUGCCCGAGGGCCCUGUUAAGGUGGAAGACUACAAAAUCUCGCCACCACCAAGAGAUUUGAUGAAAGAGGAUAUGGAGGCCUUGAUCCACCACUUCUUAUUGUUCACUAAGGGCUACGCUGUUCCUCCAGGUGAGACGUACACCGCCAUUGAGGCUCCUAAAGGUGAAAUGGGUGUGUAUGUUGUUUCCGACGGUACGGAAAGACCAUACAGAUGUAAGAUCAGAGCGCCAGGUUUCGCUCACUUGGGUGCAUUUGACCACAUUUCGAGAGGUAACUUGUUGGCUGACGCAGUUGCCAUCAUUGGUACCAUGGACUUGGUGUUCGGUGAGGUUGACCGCUAA